UCAAACGAGUUGUCAAAACUCCCGCUUGGCAAUUGUAUUGUUUACAUCAAACAGCAAAACGCCGCACUUUGCAAAACGAAAUCAAACAAAAUUUUGUUGGAAAUCAUUAAUAAAGAUUCACAAUGUCUCGCAAAGAAGCGCUUUCUCAAUUCAUUAACCAAAUUCAUGGCCGUCCAGUUGUCGUUAAACUCAACAGUGGAGUCGAUUACAGAGGUGUUCUUGCCUGCCUGGACGGAUACAUGAAUAUUGCGCUGGAUCAAACCGAAGAGUACGUAAAUGGGCAACUGAAAAACAAAUACGGUGACGCCUUUAUCCGUGGUAACAAUGUUCUGUACAUUUCGACACAAAAGAGACGAGUGUAGUGUGUGCUUCUAAUGUAAAGAAUAAAAAGACGAAUCUGUGUAAAAGGUA